AUGUCAUCGUCCACCGGUCUAGGUCGUACACGCUCGCUUCGCAAGCCUGCCUCUAGGGGCAGCGAAUUGGGCCAGAAGGAGAGCACGACCACCCGCAAUGAAGCCAGGGUCGUCUCGCCUAGUCGAUUGCCCAGCCGCAAGCUCGACUACAGGCAGACUAGCCUCGGGUCUAUUCUCCAGCAAAUUGUCGACCAGAGCAGGCGACAAUGCCACCUCCGCGACCACAAGGCCCUUCGGCAGGGCCGCCUCCACGCGUCAAGCGCCGCCGUCGACGACAACAUCUACAGUUCCGUUGAGCCGCACAGCCAGCACCACCCGACCGAGGUCUUCAGGCGGGCCAUCUUCGACAGCAGCACCAAGAGAGCGGCCAUUGGGACAUUCACGCGCGAAAUCGACCGUCACGAGCCUUACCGCCGCAACAACUCUCCGCCCACUAUCCCACCUCUCGACAACAAGCUCGACCUCGACACCCACUUCCGCGACAUCAACGAAACCGCAAACCCGCUCACAGACGCACGCGCGCACGCAGUCCCAAUCCGCGACCCAAACACAACCACAACCACCCCCUUCCCCCAAACACCACAGCACUACUCCCCCGCCAAAACGCACGCGCCCAAGCCCCUGACGUCGACCUUCCUCGCGCCGCCGUCGCCGUCGAAACUACCCACCAAUGUCGCCAUCUCGGCCGAGACGUCGCGUCUGCAGGCCGAGCUCCUGCAGCUGUCGCUGCUGCACCGCGACGCGGGCGCGGUCGAUGCCGAGUGGCACGCCAGCGCUCGACACAAGCUGGGGGCGCGGUUUAAGCGUCUGGCGCGCGAUGAGGAGGGCGUGCGGGCGCUGGAGAGGGAGGGGGUCGAGGCGAGGGGCUUGGGGGCCUUGGUGAGGUGGGGUGGUGGUGGUGAUGACGGCAGGGGCGGAGGUAAAAACACAAGAGGCAUGGGGCUAGACGAGAAGGUGCAGAUUCUUGACCAAGUCUUGACCGGCGUCUGGACCCUCAGCGAGCCGGAGGGGCGGUAUCAGCGCACAGGACGCGCCUUCGAGAUAUGGGCGAAUCGCAUGGCUGCGAUACUGGAUGCGCAGCGCAGCGGUGACAUCGAUGCCCUGGUGCAGGGCGACGAGGUCCUGUUCUUGAGCGAGCUGGACAAGACCUGGAAGCGGGACUGCGCGGGCUUGGUGCGCAAGCUCGACAGCUGGCGGAGGGCGCUUCGCGAACUCGGAGACGUCGAGGAAGCGGGAGACGGACAGCAGCAGCAGCAGCGCUCAGGCCUUGCCAGGGCGGUAGGCGGUUGUCGCAGUCUGGUUCACGACAUGCUCGCCGAGUUGAGUGUGAUGGAGCAGAUAGAGUUGGACGCGACGAGGGCCGAAGACGAGUGGAUCGAGAGGAUGAACACGGAGCUGACGCACGACGAUACCCAGAGAGAAGACGUGCCGUUGUGGAAGCUGCUUAUAUAA